GCCAGGAGAUAUUCUUCUUUCUCUUGCUGGUUCAGUUGGAGAGGUCUAGGACACAAAGAUGUGAAUGGCCAAAGUCCUAGAGAGGCAUCAGCUGGUAGUCUUAAAUACACUGUUCUACUGGGCUGAUCUUGAAAUUUGACGUGGGCAAGCUUCGCUGAGGAACUAGCAUGCUACCAGGAAGAGCUGUGUUUUGGGGGGGCUUCCAGCUUUCUCACUUGUAAUUUCAAAGCAUCCAGCCGCUGGAUUUAACACAGGGAAGCAAUAGGAAGUCAGGAGCUUUUGCUCAACCUCACAAGGAGUCUCGGUGCAAACAUGGCAAGUUGUUGCUCAGUGGCCAACUGCAAAAACCGCCGGUGGCGUGGGGCCCAUGUCACCUUUCACAGGUUUCCUCUUACAAAGGAAAGCCAGUUAAAAAAGUGGAUCAAAAACAUCGGUCGUCCAAACUUCUCCCCCUCUUACAAUGACGUCGUGUGUUCGGAACAUUUCAAAAAGACGGAUUUUUGGGGAAGUGUGGCUUCUGGGAGAAGAAAUUUAAAGCCAGGAGCGGUCCCAACUAUCUUUAAUACCUCUGGCCGUUCGAAAAGGUUAAAUGUUGCCAAGAGGCCUGAAAAAAAAAGCUCGAAAAAGGAGUCCCUCGUCCAACAUGAUCCGCCCAACCUGGAGCCAAGCACUCCUUCGGAGGUUGGCGAGGGCGAUGCGGAAGUCUUGUCCUCCAAGAAUGAUAUCGUGAUCCUGGAGCAUUCCUACUCUGCUCCGGCGAGUCCAAGUAAAGCAAUUGCUUCUGCCCUGGACCUCCGUGUGGCCUCCACGGGAGACCAAGCCACCGCAGAACCCCAGGGGAGAAAAAGCCUCCGCCUCCGCCAGGCCAGGACUAGAAGGGAACACCUGGAAGAGAUGAGCCGAAAUGCUUCCGAGGAGCCGGCGGCCAACUUGGAAGUCCAGCUCCGGCUUUUCCGAGAGUACCACUACCAGGAGGAGGAGGGGCCCCGCUAUGCUUGCUGCCGGCUGUGGGAUCUCUGCCAUCAGUGGCUGAGGCCUGGGAGACACACAAAAUUGCAGAUGCUGGAAUUGGUGAUCCUGGAGCAGUUCCAGGCCAUCCUGCCCCAGAAGAUGCAGGACUUCGUCAAGGAACAGGGACCUUCUAAUUGUGACCACGCCGUAAGCUUGGCUGAGGAAUUUCUGAAGAGUCAGCAAGAGGAAGAGGUGAGCAUAAUUUUUCUCUAUCUCAGCGUUUCUCAACCUUGGCCACUUUAAGACGU